CUGUGCAGGACAGCGGAGGAGGCGUGCGGUGCGGGCGGCCGCUUUGCUUGCGAGUUCCGACGCGCGUGGAACCGGCCGGAUCCCCCAAUCCCGUCGCCAUGGCGGCGCCGCCUUCUCCUCCGUCCCCCUCCCCCUCCCCGUCCGGAGAGAUCGCCGUCCACAGAUCCGGCGGCGCCAUGGAUGCGUCAUCAUCGCCCUCUAGGACUGAGUUAUUGAGCAUGGUGAAGAAACACUCACAUUUGAUUGGGUGGACGAUUGUUGAUGCCGAGGAUGAUGCAUCAGAUGUGGGAAUGGAUCAUAAAUUCUGGCAUGAAAUGCUUGAUCUUUUCUUUUUGCGUGGUGGAAAAUCAAAGAGAAGUGAAGAGGAUGACCUUGUCUUCUUUGUUAAUAAUAUGAAGUUGCAUGGUUAUGGGUUCAAUGAUAACAUGGAAGAUCCGCCUCCCUUUUUUGUACGGAGAUGGGCUCCCACGCUUGAAAAGGUCAUCAAUUCUAAUACGGCGGAGGUUGACUGGGAACGUUCCUUCUAUUUGAAUUUAAUCGCUCACACAUCGUACAGUGUUACUGUUGCAAUAUUUUGCAUUGGAGAUCUUCGCAACGGUGUAGCGAAAAGCAAACAGUUGUCUCCAGUUUAUAAGGUUACAAAAACUGUAUACGCGUCCCCUAGCCGUGUAAAUUUUCAUCUUGACCGAAGGAAGGCUGUAGAAACAGUACCUGCAUAUCCCAACAUUUAUUUUUCAGUGGACGACUUCGAUGAUACUUUUGAUGCAGUGGUUUUGUCAGAUCCGGAACACUGCUAUUGUGUGAUUCUUAAUGCACAUGAUGGGGCAGCAUUUCCCGAAGAAACCGAGUCCAAGAAUCCUGGUUCAAAUGUACAGCCUGGACUGAGCUGUGGGAGUGCCCAAGAAAAACCACCAAAGAGAACUCUCUUCUCAGGUUAUGUGAGCUACCAAAACGUCCGUGAGGCUUAUGAUGCUGGCAGAUCAAAAUUUGGGAGCUUCCUCUCACUUGGGCAUGACCACACUAAACUUGACAGACUUUAUAUGAGGGGCCCAGAAGGGCGUGGAGAAGUGGAAGUAGCUGUUUCUGGUAUUGCAGAUCAGAGCCUUGAGAAGUCAAAGAAAGAUCAAGGAGAUAGCUUUCGGGUCCUUGUUCACAGGGCAGCUUCUGCUGCAUCAAAGCUAGCAAAGCAUGCUUACGAGUCUGCAUCUGCUAACAAACAAAUGGAUGGUGAGCUUGUGCCUCUGAAGUGCUGCUUGAUGUCUGUGUCUCUUCCUUGGGACUACAUUGCCCAUGACCUUUUGCACAAGGACACACCUCCAUUGGAUCUAUGAGACUGCAAUGAGAUUUUCACUGCCAGGAGGAAUCAAUGUGUGAUGAAAUGUAAGACAAAUAAUCAAAGUGGAAGCGAGAUGUACAUGUGUACUUGUAGAUGAAAUAUGCUGGAGUAGGGUUUGCAACUUGCUUUAAUUUGUACACAGACAGUCAUAGAAUGUAAAUAUGCAGUUGUUAUUUUUUUUAAUCUUCAGUUCUUUAUAAUUACAUAGCCUUCAUGCCUUAAAGAACUUCAGUGUUCCUGGAAUGGAAUGGAAGGUUUAUGUUUAAAAACACCCUGCAGUCAAGUUUAUAUAUGGACUUGGCGGAGCUGUGUUAGGGUUUUGUGGUCCUAUAAGCUAUGUACUUUGUUCUUCAA